AAUGUAUCCACAGUGUGUGACGUUUACGGAAGUCAACGCCGCAGCAGAGACGUCAUAUUCCUGUCCUGCAGCUGUCGCACAAGGGAAGGAAGCAAAGAUGAGUUACAGCGAAAAACUCCGUUACCACAAUAAACUACUGAGGAUCCAGAUCUCCUUCUCUGUACUGAACGUGGCUAUUCUUGGCAUCGCGUAUUAUUGGGGGAAGAGGAAUCGUGUUAAGGAAGACUACCACAGACUGCCUAUGCAGAAGUUGGAAGGAUGUCCACUUGCAAUGCAGAGACUGGGGGCCCCACCUUUAAAGGUCCACAGCUUUAGUGUCAUUGACCGAAACGUCCAAGAAGAUGUGACGGGAAUAAAGAUAAAGAUCCCUGUGACUGGGUCACAAACUAAAGGUGAUCUGUAUGCGUUUUCAAUUGGACACCCUCAUUGCGACAGGUGGAGUCUAAAGCAGGCAGUUCUGCAGCUCCGGGAAGGUGAGAUCAUCGACCUGCUGGAUCCUCCUCCACCAGAGGAGCCAGAGCUACAAACCGAGACCUGGCACUGACCAACUCCACGUACUGAUGAGAACAAUGAAAGUGGACAGGGUCCUACUCCAAAGUAGAAGUCUGAUUAAGCAAAUUUAAAUGGAAUUUGCCUCAUCUUUGGGCUUUUUAAAACUGCUCUGGAUUGUUGUGUUGUCUCUAGGUUUGGUUUUGGUUAUGGUUACACUGUAAAACCCAAUGCUGCUUGUUUGUUAUUAUAACUCAUUUUUCCUUUUCAAUACAACAAAGAUUUGUGCAAAAAGUCAUUUUAACUUAAAAUAUUGAGUCAAAUAGCAAGAUUAAUUUGAGUAAACUCCAUUGUCUUCGUUGUCUUGACAUAAAAUUCUUUUGCAGCAUGGACAAUCAAAUAUUUUAGUUGAGACAACAAGUUGGUUUUACAGUGUAGAUAUUGUUCUGUAGGCAUGUUGUGCACUGGCUGUUUUUUCUUUCAGUAAAUUUUAUUUGUUAAUAUGACA